UGACGGACUCUGUCUGUCUGUUUUCACACAAGAAUCAGUCCAUAAAUCCUCAUCUGUGUGUGUGUGGCCGCAGAGAGCGGCGGGCAUGCAAACGGGAAGUAGAGAGAAGUGUCUGUGUGUGUGUGUGAGAAACCUCAGAACAGGGUGGAAGAAGUUGUCUCCAAACAAAGAGAGAGACAUGGGCACUGAGUACAAACCACUGUCUUCUUCAGAAUGGUGCAGGGCUGUAGUUGUGGAGACGUCAGAGUGCUUCAUAUGCAGGGACGGCGAACUGAAAACCAGCGACCCGCUGAGGAAUUUCUGCGACUGCAAGUCUUUACUGGCUCAUCACGUGUGUCUGUCCGCCUGGAUCCAGAGGGGAUGUGGGAGUGAAGACAAACUGCGAUGUGUCAUCUGCAAGGCCAAGUACCAGGUGCAGAGGACGUCUCCAUGGCGAUCGGUCAGCUCCCAGUGGAAGACGUGGCUUGUCCUGAUGACCGUGCUGCUUCUGAUGGGUCUGGCGCCCUUCGUGGUCCACUGCCUGAUGACGGCCUUCCACGACCCUUCACCUCCCAUCACCUUUAAAGUGGCAGCGGCCCUAUUCGGCUUCCUGACAGAGCUGCUGCUCAUCAUGUGUCUGUCGAGUUACCUCAGCAGUCGGUACCGGCGGGCGGAGAGGAGCUCCUUCACAGUUCAGCCAAGAAGCAGACGGGGGGAAUGCUGGCAAAAAUCUGACGCAUCUGCUGCGGCGGGUCAAAUGUCAGCCGGCGGAGGAGACGACAAGAACCCGGACGUGGUGAAGAGCGAAUGCCUCGUCGUCUUAUGAAUCAAAAGGGAUCUCACAAAACCCUGACUCUUUUUGGUGCCGUCUGCUGAAAACAGCAUCACCCAUUUACUGUUUUCUCCUUUGUCAAACCUCACACUUUGUUCAGAACGCACAUUUGAACAAGUUGCAAGCCGAUGAUGAGAGAGAAAGUGUGUACGUGCUCAGAGAGAGGAAAAAAGAGCCUGAAAUCGCUCUCUUUCCCUUAAUGAUGCCCACACAGAGACAAUGGGGCGCCGCUCUGAUUAGUGUCACCUGUCCUUGUGCAUCUCAUCAGCUCCAUUAUGGCUCCAUCUCCCAUGCUUCUUGUGCUAAUUGAAUAGCCCGUGAAGUGGUGACGAGGACGGGGGCGAGAGCAACGUCUGUCCCGCUGCUGCCCCACAAAUGAGAGGAACGCUUCCCAGAGAGACACAAGCCGAGGAAACAUAAACCAUUAUGAGACAGACAGAAAAGUGCUAACAAGUCGCCCUCAUGUUAUAUUAUCAUCAGAUUCGCUACAGAUUAUCUUCACGCAGCAGCUACAGCGUCAGCAACUGCUGUGUCGUUUUUGGUGGGCAUUGCUGCUGCCUCAUGGAUCUCCUUAGCCUUCGCUUAAAUACUUAAAUAAUGUAUUAGCUUAGCCUAGCAUAAUGCAACAGGUUAGACUUUGGGAUAUGUUUUUAUCCAUCAAAUGGGAACAACGUAUCUGCACAGUUCAAGCACUUUUAAGGCUUUUCAAUGUAUUCUUUACGGUUUUCAUUACUAAACUGAUGUUAAAGAGAUAGUUCGACUUUUCAGAUGCAAGGAUCUGCCUAAAGAUCCUUGCAUCUUUAGGCAACUUUCUUGGAGUUAGCUCCAAGAAAAAAAAAGAUUAAAAAGCAAGUCUAUGUAAAUAAGUAAAGUUUUAACAAGUCAGCUGCUUAAAAUCCUGAGGAUACACCAGACCUGGGGAAAGGAAUGAUGUGGUCUUCCAAGGAUGAAGGUCUUGAAUCCACAGGAACAUUGCUGGGGGGUUUUAUGGGGCAACAUUUUGUAAGUGAAUGGAUUACUUUAGAGAGCGACCUGGACUAACCCAAAGUCAUAAAAUGAACAAAAUUCUUGUUUUUAAGAUUCAGUGAAGCUGCAUCUUUUACCAGUCCACAUUGAAGGAAAUAUUUCAACAGAGUCCAAAAUGAAUGUGAAUGUGUCAUCUACACCACUGAUGAAUGUAUGUCAAAAUGUGGGUAACAUUAUUACCUAUUAUUUGCUUUUAUAAAAGAAUAUAUUCCUAUAUACUGUAUCUAAUCUAUCUGCAUAGGAAGUUUGUGAAAAGGGUGAAUGUUUUCUCUGUAUGGCAGUGCUGAACCACUAUGUGGAAAAGUUUUUCUAAGAGGAAACAAAUAAAAACUGUUUACAUUGAA